AUGCGAGAAAACAAGCCGAUAAUCAUAACAAAGACAAAGCAGGAUGGACAAGGAAAGCCAAGGACAGUAAAUACCGAGGAAGUUGAGAUGAAGAUAGUUGACAGAAAGAUGGGGGAGACAAUUAUGAAUGCUAGAGCAAAGAAGGGGCUUUCCAGAAAAAACCUAGCACAGAAUAUGAACAAGAAUCUGUCCAUAAUUGACAGUUGGGAAAGAUGUGAAGCGGUCUAUGAAGAAAAGAUUGCAAAAGAGUUUGAGAAAGCUCUUGGGAUUAAACUCGAAAGGAAAUGA